AUGAACUUACCACAAGAAUCAAGAAGCAUAGCUUCAUAUACGACGCGUCUAGAUCAGACGCUCAAGAUUUUAGAAGAACGUGUCAAGCAACAAGAGCAGCUUCUGGAAGAGCUAAGAGCUUCCACGGCGCCUGUUGAAUCUACCCCUUCCGCUGAUUUGAGGAUUGAAAUACAUCAAAUACUAUCACUCAAGGCAGUAUAUGAGGAUUUGAAACCCAAGCAGCUGUGGCUUCCGGGGCCUGAUUCCCCUCUCUCAGCAUUGUUAGCAAUACAAUCAACAGACAAAUGUAUAAAGGGAACACAAGACUCCAUUCAGCAGACUCAGGCUGACCUUGAGGAUACCCGCCAGCGUCUUGCGAAAGAGUCAGCGUUUCUUGAUGAUUCUAGAACAAUACAGGCUGAUAUCAGAACACGGAUAUUGGUGCUGCAAUCACAGAUUGAUGAUCGAACUCAGAAGCCCCAAAGUCAAGUUGCAAAGGACAUGUUACGUGAAUUGGAAGCGAAGGAGAAUUAUUACAAUGAAGAGACUAGGAGGCUUGUAAAGGCCUUUCAAACUUUUAUCAACGAUCAUCUGGCGCCGAUGCUAGCCGCUGAGGAACUUGGAGGGCCGAUUGUGGGUGAUGAUCUUGGUGUCGAUGAGACAAUGCUUGAAGCUGGGUUCAAUGCUCAAGGGAGAGCCAAAAAGCCAAAGAACCUACCCAGUGAAGACAAACGCCAACAACGAAUUGACCAGAUAUGGGGCUCUAAGCCACAGAGCGGUGAUAUGGCUGAAGCCGAACAAACUUGGGAUGAGAAAGAUGCUGCUGGAGCCGAAAUGCGAGACUUGACAGAGCAGCUGUUAAACCGUCUCGUGGAGGCUGGUGGUACCGGGCCAGGGGCAUAUGUCGAACUCACCCGAGAAUCUGCUGCUGCAAGAUUCUUGGUCAGGUCAAAGGUUGCGCAGUUUCAUCCGCGGGAUGCCAGAAAGCUCCGGCUUGUUGAUUUUGGCGGCGAGGUGGAAGACUAA